AUGAUUUCGCACAAACUUCUUUCUGGGACUGUUGUCCUGCUGCUGGCUACUUUAGCUAACGCCGGCCCAUGUCGUCCGUCCUCGAUUAUUUCCUCCUCAACCUAUAUCGCAUCUGUUAGUGAGACUGCGACCAGUUCCUUCGAGAGCGAGAGCGUGACGUCCACUGCUUCUGUCGUUACGACCCAGACUACUACCACCGCGACUGAGAGCAAGCCCGAGAGCGAGACUGGAUAUACCGCCACUGUAGACACAACCCCCACCGUCUCUUCGGUUGAAACCACUACUACAGCUCUCGUCGACACGACGACUACCACGGCAGCUACCACCACCGAGACCACCGAGGGUACAACCACCACUGCCGCAGCUACCACGACCACCGAAGGCCCUGAAGUCGUCCAAUCCAUCUACAUGUUCGGCCAUAGUACUACCAACCCCGGCCUCGCAGACACAGGCGGCACAGGCUUCGUUUCUCUCAGCGACACAUCAAUUCCUGACGUAGAAUUCAUCGACUUCAGGAGCGCGGGCGCCGCCGGGGAUCUCUUCUUCACCCUAGGCGAACGUAGCGGCAAAGUCAAGAUCGGCAAUGGCGCGAACGUUGGAAAACUCGUGGGAUAUUUCCCUUCGUCCGACUACAGCUUGGUGAUUGCUGCUGAGACUGCGCUCGCCGAGGACAACGGGGUCUCGCCCUUGGAUUGCGAUAUUGUCUCUCCAAACGGAUACCCGCAGCUUCAGUGUCAGUACGGCGAUCAGGGGCUUGCAGACUUUUGGACUUGUGAUGGACACUGGACGCUGGUGAUACCUGGUUUUGACUUCACCAGCAAGUGUGCCCGUGCUGCUACGUCCUACAAGCUGGACUACAUUGAGGUGGAUUACGUCCAGUAA